CGCCUCUAGUGUCAAGAUUGGACACCGUCCUCCGCACUGUGUAGUGCAACCUCGAGCCUCCGAGGUAACCUCGACCCUCCGCUGCGGUUAGGGUCGAGGUUACCUGGACGACGUAAAAGAAUAUUUUUCUGCAAUCAGUCCGAACGUUUCUUGAUAUUUCUCCAAAAUUCCACAAGCGAUCCUUUGUAAAGUUGUGUCUGUUUUGAACACUGAUAUUUGAAGAUCAUAUUGAUCAAAAGGCGAUCAAAAAUGUCCAAGCGAGAAGCACCGAAUGGUGGUGAAAACGGGGCUGCAGUUCCGUCUAACUUGAACAAAAAGUUUGCUGCUGGAGGAGCACAACCCCUGGACUUGAAUGACACUUCAGGCAUGAAUGUUGAUGGGUCUGGAGCGGCAUCCGACAACUGCACUCCUGAUGGCACCCCUGGACCACAAUGUCGACCAUUUAAGCCAGAUCAUAUACGAUUUUCAAAGAAGAUAGUAGCAGAGGUGGAUGAAAAGUUUUCGGAGCUGACCGAACAUUACAGAAAACGUGUCGUCAGCAAUGAACACCAGGUGUCCGACCCCUGUGAGAUGCCGGAAUAUCCCAUUGAAGAACGUGAGCAGACAAGGGCUCUGAUCGAGAGGCAGAUCAGUCAUAGCGGCGUCCCCUACCAGCAGUGGCGAGCUAUCAGAGACAAAGCCGUCGCGGUGGCUGCCUUUCAGCGUGGUCACUCUGGCUCCACUGGCACUACCCCUGCCGGCAGUCACACCCCAGCUGAUGCAGAAAUUCACGUUGAUCAAGCAACUCACAGAUCGCCAGAAAAAAGCCCGUCACCGGAUGGAACGUAUGGUGAUCAUUCACCGUACAUGGAACCAGACAGUAUUGAAUCAAAAUUACCAUUCAGUCAGUCAUACAAUGGCUAUGAACAACCUGGUCUCCAGGCUCCCAGUGCCGACGAUGCGAUGCUCAUGGAUGAGAAGAUGGACGAGGUUGUGCCUCAUUUCCAGCGGAUCAGUAUUACUGGCGAGUACGCUAGCGGGGCCGGAGCCUCAUUGGCUUAUUUUCCACAGGUUCCGCUCGAAGAUCUCGAGUCCGCGUCAAAAAGUCUGGUGAAAGCGCUGCUCAUCCGUGAGAAGUACAUGGCGAUAUCGCUGCAGCAUUUCUGCAAGACGACAGCAAGGUUUCUACAGAAGUUAGACAAGGAAGGCUUCCACGAAGAAAUUGAGGAUAUUGAAAAGAAAAGCUUGGCGGGAAUACGCACCAGGGGACAGGACAUUUUGGAGUUCUUUGAUAAUAUCAAAACUCAAAGUCUUCAAGACCAUCCACUCAACCCCCCAAGCCGCGAAUAUCCGUUCCACAUUGAUUUCCCCGACACGGCCAACUGCUUGUUAAAGAUGAAAGGUGGCAUCGCCCAUGUUUAUAAAGACGAAGAAUCGUUACAGCGUGAUGAACCAAUUGACUUUCCCUACAUCGAUAGGGAGCAGUUUCUCGCUGAUCAAAGUCUCAUGAUGGCUUUCAUUAGCGAUGGGCCCUUGAAGUCUUUCUGCUAUCGAAGGUUGACUUAUCUCUCAUCCAAGUUUCAACUUCACUCAUUGCUCAACGAGCUGCGAGAAUCUGCAGCUCAGAAAGAGGUUCCUCAUCGUGACUUCUAUAAUCUCAGAAAAGUUGACACACAUAUCCACGCCGCUUCUGCAAUGAAUCAAAAACAUCUCCUACGCUUCAUCAAGAAGAAAAUCAAAACGAAUUCGGAGGACAUUGUGUGCAAGGAUAAAGACGGAAAGGAGAUGACACUCAAGGAGGUCUUUGAGAGCAUGAACUUGUCCUCUUAUGAUCUCAGCGUGGACAUGCUCGAUGUACAUGCGGAUCGGAACACUUUCCACAGGUUUGAUAAGUUCAACUCCAAGUAUAAUCCAGUCGGUGAGAGCAAACUGAGGGAGAUCUUCAUGAAGACAGACAACUAUAUCAAUGGACGUUACUUUGCUCACAUCAUCAAGGAGGUAAUGAGCGACUUGGAGGAGAGUAAAUACCAGAAUGCUGAACUUCGACUCUCCGUCUAUGGCCGAUCGCGUGACGAAUGGGACCGACUUGCAAAAUGGGCCGUCGAACAUAACGUUUAUUCGAAUAACGUCACAUGGCUGAUUCAAGUUCCGAGGAUUUAUGAUAUUUACAAGUCGAACAAUUUGAUUGCGACCUUUCAAGACCUCCUGGACAAUCUCUUCUUACCACUGUUCGAAGUUACUAAUGACCCAAACAGCCAUCCUGAUCUACAUAAGUUCCUGCAAUAUGUGACUGGUCUGGACUCAGUCGAUGACGAAUCAAAGGCCGAAACCAUUGUGUUCGACAAGGAAUGCCCUGUCCCGGCCGAGUGGAACUUAGCAGAGAAUCCACCAUAUUCCUAUUACAUUUACUACAUGUAUACAAACCUCGUGGUGCUUAACCAUUUCCGAAGGGAGCGCGGCCUCAACACAUUCACCUUGCGGCCCCACUGUGGUGAGGCUGGCCCAGUAAACCAUCUCCUGACGGGCUACAUGCUGUCUGAGAAUAUCUCUCAUGGACUUAUGCUCAGGAAGGUCCCUGUGCUGCAGUAUUUGUUCUACCUGGCUCAGAUUGGCAUCGCGAUGUCUCCGCUCAGUAACAACUCACUCUUCCUGAGCUAUCAUCGCAACCCGCUUCCAGAGUAUCACAGUAGGGGGCUCUGUGUGUCAUUGUCAACCGAUGAUCCGCUGCAGUUCCAUUUCACCAAGGAAGCGUUAAUGGAGGAGUACAGCAUCGCUACCCAGGUGUGGAAGUUGACGGCCUGUGAUAUGUGUGAGCUCGCGAAGAACAGCGUCAUCAUGAGUGGAUUCCCUCAUUCGGUCAAACGCCAUUGGAUUGGACCGAAUUACACCAACGAGGGUGUCGCAGGCAAUGACAUCACAAGGACGAACGUUCCUGACAUACGAGUUGCAUAUCGCCAAGAAACGUUGACACAUGAACUUGAGACAUUGGUGACGGUGGCGACUGGUCUCCACUGAGGGGCGGGUUCACGGAUGAGUCUUGUUGUCUUUCAAGUUUGCAUGAUGUGGCAGUCAUGAUGGCCAUAUGACGAAGCAAGGGUUGAGAUGGGCAUAGUUUCUUAGCCCUACAAUGAGUCGGGUUUCAUAAUUUUUCAAAUUCACCGAUUUGUAAUGGUAGUACAUAUACUUGUAGUUAGUCGGGGUCGUGGUGGCCAAGAUUACUGCAUCUCUAGUCAAUAUUCAGAUUUCAAGAUUCAUAUCGUAUAAAAAUAACCGAUAAGGAUUGACAAGGCAAAGGUGAUGAUGUUUGUCUAUCCUUGAAGGGGUUGGGUAUAAGGCAUAUAGUGGUACGUAAACUGGUCUUUCAAAAGUGAUGGUUUUGGAGACAAAAAUGACAUGCUGCUGUGCUUGGCACCGUCCUGUUAUCAAAGAGGUGAUGAGGAGUAGUCGUAUGUCUUUCAGGGUGAGAUGGAUUUUGGCCGCUGUGUUGCAGUGUGUCCUCCGUUUUAAUCAGUGCUAAUAAGAAAAAGGAGAGUUGUUAGUCUUUCAAUUUUGUAUACAACUGGUCUCAUAUUUAGAAAGUUAUAUGUAUUGUAGAUUGUCAUGAAUCAUCAAGGGCUCUGGUCACAUUGGCUUCCUGGUCUCACUUAAGAAAGAGCUGACCUGAUUGAUGGAGUGGCUUCCUGGUCUCACUUAAGAAAGAGCUGACCUGAAUGACGCAGUGACCGAAGCCCUUGAUUGAUCAUGAUGCUAUAGGUAGGAGAGAUGUCUCUAGUCUUUCAGAUUGAAAGCGACUGUUAGGCUUGAUUGAUAGAUGUACAUAACGAUGUUGUAUUUAUAUAAACUGUAUCCAGUCACUGUGAUAUUUAGAAUUUCGACAACCAGAUAUAAUUUCGGGUGUGGGGGCCUCAGUGUCUUGUCUUUCAAAUUGAAAGCCAGCGUUCGCAGUUCCGACCUAUACUCGAUAUCCUGAGUAUACAGGUGUUCUCGAGCAUGCCGUCUCAUCAUGCCUUGCAUUCAUAGUCGAUACACCAGAGAUGCUGAGUUUGAUAUCGAUUAUAGGUCAGACCUGGUAAGGGAGAGGUUUGUAAUUAAUGAUAAUCAGAUACAUGUAUUAAUAUUAAUGUGAUCUUAGGACUACUGUAACUGUACCAUGAAUAAAAAGACACUGUUAUCAAUUGAAUAAAUAGCAAAAUACCUUACUAAUAAAGUGUAUGUAAAAAAGUCCACCUGUUAUGUUAUAAGUGCCCACCAUUAGGCUUGGUAUGUAAAUUUGUGUAAUUUUGUUGUAUUUGAAAUACAAGUGGACAAUGUACUCUACAGGGUGGCCCAGAAUUAUUUUCCCUUGCACAAUAGAACGCUACUGUGUAUCCAUUGACAUUGUAGGAAAAUAAUUCUGGGCCACCCUAUUUGUAUCUUGUAUGAAGGUUAGACUUGCAUGCAGAAUCGCGAUGCGACUUAAAUCUGUUUUCGGGUCUUUCAGGUUACAAUGUCAGUAAUGGGGAGUUUUUCGCAAAGCCCCCGAAAUGUCAAUUUGAAUGCCUAUCCCAUUGUCCUAAGUCGUUAUCAGACGAGCGAACAAUGGGAUAGGCGUUCACAUUGGCAUUCCGGGGAUUUGCAAAAAGUCCCUAAUCAAGUGAAAAGUUGUAAACUUGCAUAAUGUGAGCGAAAUUACCUGUUAAAAAUAUACUUGAAUAGAAAUUUUAGAAGAAA